UCAAAAAUCGAUACGGAAAAGGGGAAGUUGGUCUACAGUCACGUAGGUGUGGGAAAAACAGAAAAUCUCUUCCAUUAUCCUGUUUUCCUGCCUGUUCUGAGUGUCUAAGGGUUAAUUAAGUGUUUGGGGAUGAAUUCGGUUGUGCCAAAUCACGAAUUCAUGGAAUUGCGAACGAUGCAGGUGCCGUGCAAGCAGCAAUGCUUUGUGUACACGGACAUCGAUCUUCCACCGGAAAUCACAAAGUUCUCGGAGAAAAUCAAGAAUGGGAAUGUACCCACGUACAAGAAGGAGCAUACCUCUCCACCUCCAGUCAUCCACCGAGGCAAGAGUCGCAAGGUAGCAGCUGUUUUUGGAGGACUUUUCCUCUUCAUUGCUCUGGCCAUUGGGAUUCCCAUUGCUCUCCAGCUCAGGAGCUCAUCUCUCCUCGAAGCACGUCUGGCUUUCAUCCGACGCCUUCUGUCGGAGACCCCACCACUUGUUGAGGGCCACUGGCAGCCUCAGUUGGAAGGAAAUUUUAGUAGCAGUGUAUCAGACAUCACCAAAAAUAUGGUGGGGGCCCUCGUCUGGUCAGUGGCCGUUCCGUGUGGAGCCCAGUACCUCGAUGGGGUCCAGUUGGCCCUAGAGGGACUCGAUGAAGCCAAACGUCUCGCCAAAACCAAUCCCAUUCUCCAAGUAAUUGAGACAGCCGAUGAGAUUGAGGAGACUCAUUCAGAUGGGAAGAUUGGAGUACUUCUGGGCCUCGAAGCAGGUCAUGCUCUGGGAUCCAGUCUGGCUGUUCUACGUUCCAUGUAUUCUCUAGGCGUCAGAGUGAUUUCUCUCACGGGAUUGGGAUGUACGACUCCCUGGGCAGCAGCCACCAUCAAGAGCGACAUGAUUGUCCUGGACGAUACCCAACCGCACAGUCUGACUACAUUUGGCGAGACGGUGCUCCAUGAGAUGAAUCGCCUCGGAAUUUUGGUGGAAAUCUCUCGAUUGUCUGAACCAGCAAUGAUGAUGGCAAUCCACACAGCAAGGGCUCCAGUUCUUUUUUCCAAUGCUGCUCCACUAUCGCUAUGCAACAGUAGUUCGACCGCAGGUGUUCCUGACCACAUUCUCGGGAUGCUCACGCAAAAUGGUGGUGUUCUCAUGAUUAACGUUGAGCGCUGUGGAGAGAAAUUUCUUAGUGUUCGCGAGGCAAUUUCCACCAUAAACUACGUGAGAGCUGUGGCGGGUGUGGAUCAUGUUGGGCUCAGCGGAUCACCAGACACGUACCCACCCCUGCUGGCUGAAUUGGCACGGGAUCGACUGUGGGGCAAUGCGGCCAUAAAGAAGCUCGUUGGGGGGAAUUUUGUGAGGGUGCUGCGAGAAGUGGAAGUACUGAGGAAUCGCCAGCCACUGCACGAAGAGUGGAUUCCAACAGCGGCCAUUGAGGGGAAUUCCUACUGUCGCUACGCAGAAACAUAAGUGGGUAUUAUUUCAUGUUAAAAUUCCAUAAAUGAAUUCACAGAAAAAAAAAAAUCAUUUCUUCCACAAAAAAAACCUCACCGAAAAAAAUGAAGUUCAUUGAACUCAAAAUUUUGUUCUAUGAAAUCUGUCUGAUUAAUACCUGAAUAUGAUGCAAAAUUUGUUGACACUUUAAUGCUAUUUGAAAACAAAAAAGACCAUAAACCUUUGUUACCAUCACUGACUCGUUCAUUUCAAUUGAUGCGGCUAUUAACAGCAGGAUGUUUAAUUAAUUUUCAAAAAUACCAUAUGAUUCAUUGUGGUACAGGUACAAUAUUUUCGAUUUAAACUCAAUUGUUUGAAAAUAUUUAUUUUGCUUUAACAACAAUUUUCCAGGUAAGUUUAUUUCUCUUUUUUAAAUGAGUCUGGUUUCCAAUUUCCAAUAGCGUACUUUUUGAUUAUUUUAAUUGAUUAAUAAUUUAAUUAAUAAUUUCCCUUUUGUUGUAAUAUUAAUAAAAAAAAAGUUGAAAAUUAUAAUAAAAGUUGGUAAGGGAGAUCAAUAAUAGGGAUUUGACAUUAUUAAGAUUAGUCUUCCUUUAUUUUACAUAGCCCGACUAACACAUAAGUAAGCAGAUGAAAACAACAACUUAAUGCUUUCCAAAUGAAUGGAAAAACGACAAUCUGAACACCUUAUCUUAGGUUACCGGAGGUUCGUAAAAAAUCAAAUAUCGUAAUUAAAUUUAUAUCGAAAUCAAAUUAUGUUCUGAAUCUGAAUUAUGGAAUUAGGAAUUUAUUUAAACAUUUAUGCUAAUAUUUUGAUUAUUGAGCCUUAUAUUCCUUUAGAUUUAGAUUUAAAUUUAUUGAAAAAAAGAAUGUCUUUCCAAAGUAUUUUACAUUCUACAAUUAUGUGGAAGUCUGAGGUCCAAGAACAAAAAAAAAAAAAUACAAAACAGGAAAAAAAAGAAAACAACUAAGCAGUUCGAGAAGAAACAAAGUCCAGGUAGGGAAUUCUGUAAUUUUCGUGGCAUUGCCACGCGUGAGUUCGAAACCUGACAAUGCCAUUCGAGCUUUUUUUGUCAUAUCAUAUGAGUUCGAAAAUGCAAUUCAUUGAUUUUUUUAAUAAAAUGCCUGUACUUAGUGAUAUUAUGCAAAUGCAGUCUGUCUUGGUUGGUUUGUUGAACAACAUUCAUUGUCAUUUUAAUUGCCAGAAAUCUCAAAUAUGUGACUUCUGACAAUGCCACGUGAGCUGAAAUGGCAAUGCCACGGCUACAGAAUCGCAUUUUCGAAAAAGCUCUCCUAAGAUUCGAACCCAAUUUGUCAUAUGACAUUGCCAGAGCGUUACAGAAUUCCCCUCCAGAAGAAGUCUUUGCCUCUCAUUCCUUGGGAGAGUAUUCCAAAUGGAAAUAUCCACCAGGGAGCUUCCCCAUCAUUAAACAGGCGACUUACUAUGAACUGUAUAUUUGGCAUUACAGGCGAAAAACAUACCUGCCAACCUUCUUUGUCUUCUCCUUAAGUGUUGGCUUUCUUAUCAUUCUCACGUGUAUAUAUGCCUAGCUCUCCAGAAGUAUAGGACUUAAGUGGAAAAGUGACACUUAAGCCAAUAUUUUCUGCAAUUUUCGCUCCAAAACUGGUAACUCUGAGACUAACCAUUUCUUUGCUUUAUUCCAAUGGCUAGUUAGCAAACUCCCGCACCUUCUUCUUAAUUCCCCUUACCAAGUUCUUGGCAAGCUCUUCUCCACGGGCUCUGACGAUGUUUUUCCAUUUUUGCUUGAAAUCAGACAAACUUUUGGCUGGUUUAGCCUUUUUCCUGAGAUCUUCCUUCAAAAUUCCCCAAUAGUUUUCAAUAGGACGCAGUUCCGGUGUGUUGGGCGGAUUAAACUCUUUCUGCAUAUAAAUGACUCUAUUGUCGUUGAACCACGCAAUCGUAUCCUUAGCGUAGUGGCUUGAUGCUAGAUCUGGCCAAAACAAUGGUGGAACAUCAUGGCUUCAAUAGAGCGGCAGAAGACGUUUCUUGAGACACUAAUCGAUGUAAAUCUCUUUGCUCAUGAUCCCGGUCAUGAAAAAUUCUUGACUUCGAAGAUCACACGAGCAAAUUGCCAUCCAAACCAAGUAUUUUUUCGGGAACUUGGUGUAGUUCUUGUAUCGAUGUUUGCUGUGUACACCUGUGCGAGUCUUUGCCGUAUAGUAUUGUUGUCCAGGCAAUUGGUGGAAGUCGGCUUUCACGAUGGUUUCAUCGUCCAUUAAAACACAUCUCUCAAAACCUUUAAGAAGGUGAAUUCAGCUUCCUGGACUUUGUUUUGGCGGACUGUCGUUGCUUAUCUGUACGAUGAGGUGCAGAUUGGGCUUUAUAAGUCACUAAAUCGUUCUUCUUAAUUUUAUGAACUGGGUAGUGUGAAAUACCCGUCUUUUUGUCCACAUCUCGGAGGGAUAGAGAAGGGUUCCUCUUAAAGUACCCCAGCACUCAUUUCUCCAUGUCGCGGUCUUGAAUUCCAGGCUUCCUACCAGGAUUUUGUAGGUAAAUGUCAACUAUCUGUUGUCGGAUUCUCUCCAUCUUCUUGAGAUAUCUCAACCAAAAAUCAAUAUUUUUUAACGAGAGUGGUAUCAAAAUAAAGACAUCAAUAACCGAAUAACGGACACGAACUAACGGCACUGGAGGAGGUAAGAUAAUUUGUAUUAUCUGUCUUACAACUAAUUAUCCCAUAGAUGACAGCUGUUAAAUUCUUUGUUCCUUUUUUUUAAAUACCCAAUAAUUCGGUUGUCGGAGAGUUAAGUUUAUUUCAAAAGCUAAGUAAAGGUCAAAAUAGCAUCUAGAUUAGAUGAAAAAAAUUGGGUCUUUUUUCUAAGUUAGAUCGAGAUAACCUAAAAUAACCUCAAAUUUUAAACCGUAAUAUCUUUAUAAAAUAAAGGAAUUAAGCCCACUAUGACCAUAUCAGGUAAUAUUAUAAAUAUCAGUUGAGAUUCUUUAUAAUCUCAUUUUUAAAGUGUGAAUAUUUAAUUUUAAUCACAUUAAUUUGGCAAAAUUUUAGAAUUUUUAGCAAUACUCAGAAUGUUUUUCGAAAAUUGCAAGUAUUAUUUUUUGAUGCAUUGAAAUGCCCCUUGGUUGGUGAUAGAAUACAUAAAAAGUGUCAACAUUAAUUCAAUUAAUCAAUCGACUGAAGAGUGUCACGGAACAUCAUAAAAUUCAGUUUCAAAUAAACACUUCAUCGUUUUAGUACCAAUUGUUCAAAUUUCAUGAACCAAUACUACACUUUUUAAAAUAAAAAAAAUCUAUUAGUGAUUGGAUUGUGGAGAUUGUUUAGUACUCUAAAAAAUACUCUAAAAAAGUACGAAAUUAUUUAGAAUGGAUUAAUGGAGAAAUAAGAGUCAGCCAGCAGUAAAAAAUUGAAAGUAAUUAAGUAAUUGUUAAAAAAAAUCUUUAAAUAUUUUAUAUCUGAAAAGUACUUUGGCUAUUUUAUUGAUGAAAAAUCAGGUUCUGCUAUUUUUCUUUAUUUCCCAAGAAUAAUAAAACAGGAAAUAAUAUUUUCUGGAUUUUUAUUAAUAUUUGCUAUUGCAUCAGAAAUAGAAUAUAAUAAAAUCCCUGUAGUUUUGAGUUUUUGAUAGAAAAAAAAGGAGGAAAAACUAAAAGAGUAUGGAAGAAUUUAUUGAAUAUGAAUAUAGAAUAAAAGUUAGUUGGAAAAAGUCUAUCAGAGAAGACGGAUGUUGAGACAGAAAUGGUUCAAUGGAACUUAUUUGAAUUUCUUUUCCGUUUUUUUUCACAAUAAAACUGCACCGAAAUGGAAUAUCAUUUUGUUCACGCGUAAUACGAAACCAAAGCCAAAAAUUCUACGUGAAAGCUUUUCAAUUUUUCUCACACUCGAAACUACUUCCUGUUUUAGCUUCAUCAUCCUCCCCAUGGUAUUCUUAUUUUUCCAUUCCCUCUCGACACUAUAUUUCUCUUUUCCCGUACUCCUUUUUCCCAAUUUGUUUUUAUUUUUUUUUUAUUUUUUUUUCCAUUUUUGCGAAAUAUAUGUCACAAAUAGUGUUUCAACGUCCAAAAAACUUUACAACUCUCUCGCCCAUUUUUCGCGUGUACUCUGUGGUGGUUUUCCUCGGGAGAUGUGCGAGACAAGUUUAUGAAAGUUGGGAGAUAUUCUAUCCAUUGUAAUGUUACUUGUUACACAUACCACACUGCAUUCUUUUCCGUGUUCUCCCAUGAUUUUAUUACAGAAAAAUAUAUAUACAUAUAUAGCAAAUGAAAUAAAAAAAAAGUAUAAAUGUUUUCGUCGAAUGAUAUAUUUUGCAAGCAUAGAAUGGUUUUAAGCAAUAGUACGGAAUGGAAGAUAGAGAGAAGGAAUAUAUGGCAAUUGCAGUAGAAGUGAGAAAAUUUAGAUAACACACAUAAAUUUUGUUGUUUUGUAAAUCGAAUGAGAAAUAAAAGAUGCUGUUGGAUCUAAUAGAAAUA